AUGACUCACUUUUCUACCAAUUUGAAGUUGGAUGAGAUUGGUCGCGUGGUUUCGGUUGGAGAUGGGAUUGCACGUGUUUAUGGAUUGAACGAGAUUCAAGCUGGUGAAAUGGUCGAAUUUGCCAGCGGUGUGAAAGGAAUAGCCUUGAAUCUUGAAAAUGAGAAUGUGGGGAUUGUUGUCUUUGGUAGUGAUACGGCUAUUAAAGAAGGAGAUCUUGUCAAACGAACUGGAUCUAUUGUGAAUGUUCCUGCGGGAAAGGCUAUGCUAGGGCGUGUGGUCGACGCCUUGGGAGUACCUAUUGAUGGAAGAGGAGCUCUAAGCGAUCACGAGCGAAGACGUGUCGAAGUGAAAGCCCCUGGGAUUAUUGAACGUAAAUCUGUGCACGAGCCUAUGCAAACAGGGUUAAAAGCGGUAGAUAGCUUGGUUCCUAUAGGCCGUGGUCAACGAGAACUUAUAAUUGGGGACCGACAAACUGGAAAAACAGCUAUUGCUAUCGAUACCAUAUUAAAUCAAAAGCAAAUGAACUCAAGGGCCACCUCUGAGAGUGAGAAAUUGUAUUGUGUCUAUGUAGCGAUUGGACAGAAACGUUCAACUGUGGCACAAUUAGUUCAAAUUCUUUCAGAAGCGAAUGCUUUGGAAUAUUCCAUUCUUGUAGCAGCCACCGCUUCGGAUCCUGCUCCUCUGCAAUUUCUGGCCCCAUAUUCUGGCUGUGCCAUGGGAGAAUAUUUCCGUGAUAAUGGAAUGCACGCAUUAAUAAUCUAUGAUGAUCUUAGUAAACAGGCCGUCGCUUAUCGACAAAUGUCUCUUCUAUUACGAAGACCACCUGGUCGUGAAGCUUAUCCAGGAGAUGUUUUUUAUUUGCAUUCACGUCUCUUAGAAAGAGCAGCUAAACGAUCGGACCAGACAGGUGCAGGGAGCUUGACCGCCUUACCAGUCAUUGAAACACAAGCUGGAGACGUAUCGGCUUAUAUUCCUACAAAUGUAAUUUCCAUUACUGAUGGACAAAUCUGUUUAGAAACAGAACUCUUUUAUCGCGGAAUUAGACCUGCUAUUAACGUCGGCUUAUCUGUCAGUCGCGUCGGGUCUGCUGCUCAGUUAAAAGCUAUGAAAAAAGUAUGCGGAAGUUUAAAACUAGAAUUGGCACAAUAUCGAGAAGUCGCUGCCUUUGCUCAAUUUGGAUCAGACCUUGAUCCUGCAACUCAAGCAUUACUCAAUAGAGGAGCAAGGCUCACAGAAGUACUAAAACAACCACAAUAUACACCACUACCAAUUGAAAAAGAAAUUCUAGUCAUUUAUGCUGCUGUCAAUGGAUUCUGUGAUCGAAUGCCACUAGACAGAAUUACUCAAUAUGAAAGAAUCAUUACAAAUAGUAUCAAACCAGAAUUACUAGAAGAACUCAAAAGUGGGUUAACUGACGAAAAAAAAGAGAACUAG